UUUUAGGUGAAAAUGCUUAACUGACUUGCCUAGUUAAAAAAAUAUGAAAACAGAAGUAAAUAGCCAUACAUGCAGCAACUGAAUGGGUUAAUGGUUAAAGAAAUUGAUAUGAUCCUAAACAGAAGUUGAGAACCAUGACAUCUAGCUCCUUACAUGCUCAAUUCCUCCUAGGUAGACUUCAAAGGGAGACCUUUUUCUCUCCAUGCACUCAGACAGCAGAGCGAACCUCGGAACAUGGGGCAGAUAGUACAUUGUGACAACUACAGAGGAGAGCAUAUCCACAAACCGCGCACUCCAGAUUGCAGUAAUAGAAAAUAGGUUUCUGCUUCAGAACAAUAAACCCAGUUAAGUCUGAGCACUGUGGUGACUGAGGAGACUGCUUGCCCGAAGUGCAUGGAGAGGAUGGAUUCACUGUCUGUUCCGAACUGACGGAGAGAGCCUAGCCUACUGCAUUGAGAAAAAGCUGAUGGCAGCAAUGGCAUCCUCUUUUCCCAAAACAUUCCGAAGGGGAUUCCAUGGCCAUUCAUCCUAAAUAAAGUCUGAGAGCAGAGAACAACCAUGAAAACACCAAGAUCAUUCCUGUUCAUUUUCCUCCUAUAUCAUGUGUGGUGCAGGAAAGCCAAACAGCAGUUCCAAACAGCAGCAGAGACAGAGCUGAUAGAGUGGGGGGAGGGGGACCAUGAGGAGGAGUUCUCCCCCAGCGGAGCCGGGGCCAAUCCCAGAGUUCUCAAGCCCCUGAGGCUGUUCGCUAGGGGGGUCCCUGGAGCCCCCGGGUCCGUCGGGACCCCCAGCCUUAAACGCAACCCCAUCAGGGAGAUGACAUACCUAGAGAGCAUGGAGGACUUCUGGGAUUGGUUAUCCAACCAGACAGAUGUUCAGGCCAGCCAGGCAAGAACCAAGCGACGACCCAUCAUCAAGACAGGCAAGUUUAAGAAGAUGUUUGGCUGGGGAGACUUCCAUUCCAACAUUAAGACUGUCAAACUCAACCUGCUGAUCACCGGGAAGAUCGUGGACCACGGUAACGGAACGUUCAGUGUUUACUUCCGCCAUAACUCCACUGGCCUGGGGAACGUGUCGGUGAGUCUGGUGCCGCCGUCUAAAGUGGUGGAUUUUGAGAUAUCUCAGCAUUCCACACUGGAGACCAAAGACUCUAAAGCUUUCAACUGUCGUAUCGAGUAUGAGAAGACCGACCGCAACAAGAAGACGGCUCUGUGCAGCUUCGACUCCUCCAAGGUGUGUUACCAGGAACAGACACAGAGCCACGUUUCCUGGCUCUGCUCUAAGCCCUUUAAAGUCAUCUGCAUCUACAUCGCCUUCUACAGUGUGGACUACAAACUGGCGCAGAAGGUCUGCCCGGACUACAACUACCAUAGUGACACUCCCUACUCUUCCACUGGCUGAAGGUCUGCCGGACUACAACUACCAUAAGGACACUCCCUACUCCUCCACUGGCUGAAGGUCUGCCCGGACUACAACUACCAUAAUGACACUCCCUACUCCUCUACUGGCUGAAGGUCUGCGAGACUACAGCUACCAUAAUGACACUCCCUACUCUUCCACUGGCUGAAGGUCUGCCCUGGACUACAGCUACCAUAAUGACACUCCCUACUCUUCCACUGGCUGAAGGUCUGCCGGACUACAACUACCAUAAUGACACUCCCUACUCCUCCACUGGCUGAAGGUCUGCCGGACUACAACUACCAUAAUGACACUCCCUACUCCUCACUGGCUGAAGGUCUGCCGGACUACAACUACCAUAAUGACACUCCCUACUCCUCCACUGGCUGAAGGUCUGCCGGACUACAACUACCAUAAUGACACUCCCUACUCCUCCACUGGCUGAAGGUCUGCCGGACUACAACUACCAUAAUGACACUCCCUACUCCUCCACUGGCUGAUCCCGUCUGUAGCAUGUACCUGUUAGUUUGACCAAGUAUGACCAACCCUGUUUGACUUUUGAAAAGAAAAAGUUUAUAACCAACCCUGCUUCUGUUCCGGUUGACCGUUGGGGCCAACCGUUCUGUUAGUUUGACCACAAUAUGGCCUACCAUUCUCUUAGUUUUAAUACAAUAUGACCAACCCUGGCCGAACGUUCUGUUAGUUUGACCACAAUAUGACCAACCCUGGCCGACCGUUCUGUUAGUUUGACCACAAUAUGGCCAACCCUGGUCGACCAUUCUGUUAGUUUGACCACAAUAUGACCAACCCUGGUCGACCAUUCUGUUAGUUUGACCACAAUAUGACCAACCCUAUCGGACCGUUCUGUUAGUUUAUCCACAAUAUGACCAACCCUAGCCGACCGUUCUGUUAGUUUGACCACAAUAUGACCAACCCUGGUUCGAUUGGCCAAGCCAAUCCUUCUGUUCCUCCUCCUCAUCCCCACAAUGUGUUCUUAGUAAAUCCCAGUCCAUUAGAACAGUCCAGGUGUGUGGUAAUGGGGUAGACCAUAGACUCUCACUACUACAUGACACCCUGCAGAUCUGUACAACAAUGUCAAUGUCAAAUCACUUCUCAAAUCACAUUUUAAUCACAUAUACAGUUGAAAUUUACAUACACCUUAGCCAAACUCAGUUUUUCACAAUUCCUGACAUUUACUCCUAGUAAAAAUUCCCCGUCUUAGGUCAGUUA